CAUAAUGUAGGUUCAUAGGUAUUAAUUCCUAAUCUCGACCAGAACUGAUCCAAGGUACACAUUUCCGACAUACUGUUCCUUGACCGCCACACACGCACCGAGGUCAUUACAACAACUAACAUUCUUGAACAACGAAUAUUAUUUCGUCUGAAAUUGCAUUACAUUUAAUACAUAUCCGGUCAGUAUAAAUAUAGCAGCGUGCGAGUCAAAUUUAUCAGUCGACCGUCUACGGUUUGAAGUGAUCUAGUUCGUCAGAAAAAACACAGACCACGUUCAGAAUGAAAUCGAUGGUGGUGUUAUUCGCCCUUGCUGCCGUGGCGUGCGGCUCCCUGGUGCCGGCACAGCCCCCGCAUCAUCCCGCGGUCGUGCUGGACCCUCACGGCCGCCCUCUGGACACCGCCGAGGUGAUCAACGCCCGCGCCCUGCACCUGCAGGCUAAGGCCCUGGACGGCCACUACGCUCCCCUCGCGCACGCUGCCGUCGUCGCUCCCUACGCCCACUCCGUGGUCGCGCCCGCCGUCUACGCUGCCCCCGCCGCCGUGUCCCACCAGUCCCGUGUGGAUGUGCACAGCAGCCCCGCCAUCGUCAGCCACGCCGUCGCCGCUCCCGUCGUUGCGCACUCCGCCUACGCCGCUCCCCUGCUGGCUCACUCCGCUCUCGGCUAUGCCGGACACGGACACUACCUGAAGAAGCGCUCGCUGGGCCACCUCGCCUACGCCACUCCCGUCGUCGCUCACGUAGCUCCCUCCGCCGUGUCGCACCAGUCCCGCGUGGACGUCAUCUCUAGCCCCGCUGUGGUGUCUCACGCCGUCGCUCCCGUCGUGUCCCACUACGCUGCUCCCGUGGUCGCGCCCGCCGUGUACGCCGCGCCCGCCGCUGUGUCCCACCAGUCCCGCGUCGACGUGCGCACCAGCCCCGCCGUCGUCAGCCACGCCGUCGCCGCUCCCCUCUACGCCGCUCACGGAUACUCCGCUUACGGCCAUCACGCUGGACUCCUGCACGCCGCUCCCCUCGCCCACGGCCACGCCUGGUGAAGAGUGAAACUGACGAACACCUAAGACUAUGAACCUAAGAUGAAGAAAAUAUAUAAAAAAUAUUUAUAAAAAUAAACGAAACAUAAAUCGA